AUGGAGUCAAACCAUGAUCUAAACCAGUCCACAAAUUUUGUGGGACUUAUGAAUAUUCCUCUCUUUAGUUCCCAAGUCAGUUCCGCAGCUUCCCCAAGUGAAGACACAACUGCAAGUCGUAGGGAAAGAAGGAAAUGGACACCUUAUGAUGACCGGAUUCUCAUUAGCGGGUGGUUAAACACCAGCAAGGAUGCUGUGAAAGGCAAUGAUCAGAAGGGCAAGACCUUCUGGAAUAGGGUUGCUAAUUAUUUUUCAGACAGUCCACUUUCUGAUGGCAAUGAGAAGAUAGGGCCAAUUCAGUGUAAACAGAGAUGGGCUAAGAUCCAAAAUACGGUCGGGAAGUUUUGGGGAACGUAUGCUGCUGCAGUGAGGGCUAAAACUAGUGAGUUACGCUACAACCAGAAAUGGUGUGGGAGUGUUAAUGGUAAAGCACCUGAAGUAACCAACAAGAAAAGACUCUUUGAUGAUCCUGCACAAUCUUCAGCUUCUCAGACCGGCGGUAACAUAGAUGAGCCAACAAACACAAGGCCUACUGGUAGAGACGCAAGUAAGGCCAAACAGAGGAAGACUCAUAUAGAAGCGAAGGAAGAGAAGGCUUUGAAGGAGUACCAAGGCAUGUGGGAAAUCAAGAAGGAAGAAUUGCUGCUGAAAGAGAGAUUGUCAAAAAUGCAAAUUCUUGACUGUUUGCUGGCCAAAAGUGGACCGCUUACUCCGAAAGAAGAAUCUAUGAAAGAGAAGCUGCUUGACUUAGUGGAUGAUUAG